UGGGGUAUGGUGGUGAUCAGGACGCUGGUAUGGGGUAUGGUGGUGAUCAGGAUGCUGGUAUGGGGUAUGGCAGUGAUCAGGACGCUGGUAUGGGGUAUGGCAGUGAUCAGGACGCUGGUAUGGGGUAUGGCAGUGAUCAGGACGCUGGUAUGGGGUAUGGCGGUGAUCAGGACGCUGGUAUGGGGUAUGGCGGUGAUCAGGACGCUGGUAUGGGGUAUGGCGGUGAUCAGGACGCUGGUAUGGGGUAUGGUGGUGAUCAGGACGCUGGUAUGGGGUAUGGUGGUGAUCAGGAUGCUGGUAUGG